AUGUCGACGGCACGCGGCAGGGCUAUUGCUUUCCGUGCUUCUAUCUACGGCGUGUUUCUUGCUUUUUCGGUGAUGUGCUGGAUCGAAAAGGCUUCGCCGUGCCCGGACAAUUGCUUGUGCUUCAGGUCGCAUGCCGGCCCGACUGUUCGUUGCAAUAAUCAAUUUCUGUCUCGAAUCCCUAGAGUUCCACCAAGGACAGUGGUAUUGUAAGUAAACGCCUUUCAUUGUUUCUUUAGGAACACGUUCAAAUUCUCCACUUUACAAAGAACUAACUGUUCACUUCUCUAGCUUACUGAAAAUAUUUACUGAUCGAGAGGGCCUUUAAGAGGAUUUAGACGUCAGUUAAGUUCUAGUGGGUCGCGCAAAUACAAGUGAGUGAAAACUCCCUUUCUUAUCCAGUUGGGUUUCAUCCAAACUAAACAAAGCAAUUACAACUUAGUCAAAAUAAUUUUUUUUCGGGGUUCUUAGAUUUUGUCCCACUGUCCACCUUUUAAAUGCUUAAUAGUUCAGGUUAGCUUAUGAUUAAAGUUAUUAUUGCGUUGGUGACAUGGCUUUGAAAUCAUAAACGCACGCGUCGAGCAUAAACCGCGUACCGACGAUUUGGCAGACGACCUUUCUGGCCCUUAAUUAAGGUUUGGCAUUUCAAAACAGCGCAUUGGCAACAUGUUUAUCCACUCAAUCAAACUCAAGACUGGUCAGUCACGUUCUGUAUGUGGAGUGAUCGAUGGCUGAUAGACACCCAACCUUCACCUUCUGAACAAUAAAAAAAUGGUGCAGACAGUACUUGAAAACAGGCAUCGUUUCAAAAUUUCGUGGCUAAGGACUUUCUGAAAUCUAUACGUACUCUCCUAUGCUAUGUUUUCUCAGGCAUUCUGAGGCAUUUUUUUCUGAGGAAACGUCUUUUAACAUCAGUUUUAAAUAAGAAGUUUAGCGCGGAUGUGAUUUGUGGCCAGAGUAGCAUUUUAUGGCAACGGGGAUAUCCAAGACAUUUCCGGAUAAAAAAUCUUGCGUGGUUUUGUCAAUUUUUAGCCUGACUGCUCUCCUGAUCCACAGUCAUUUGCUGCUGAGCAUGUGUCAAGUAGUGAGUGAAUCCCCCUAGAGGGGAACAUGUCAAUAUAUUUUCAUUUCUACGAUAUGUUCUGAGGCAUUUUAUCGAGGGGAAAGUUUUUACCACCAGUUUUAGAUAAGAAGUUUAGCGCAGAUGUGAUUCAGUUGUGGCCAGAGUUGCAUAUUAUCGCAGCGAGCUAAGACAUUUCCUGAAAAAAAUGUUACCGUGCACGUGGUUUUGGCGAUUUGUAGCUUGACUUGACACAACCCACGGUUAUUUGAAAAGUACUAUUGAGCAGUGAGUCCCUUUAGAGCUCCGUCACACUAGACGUCUGAGAAUAGGUUUCCAUUAAUUUUUAUUGCUAGUAUAAAAUUACGACAUAUGAAGCUAAAUAAAUGAUUGUAUUAGUGUGUUAUUAGUAGACUUUUCACUGUGUGCCCUUUGACAAGCUGUAAAAUCAACCUCGGUAUCGUUGCAAACCAGUCAACGUUUUUCAGCUGAACCCUUCAAUUCUGUGGUAAAAAUGUCGAUGAUUUCUAAUACUCAUAUGACUUUAUAAUACCAGCCGGAUGCAGAUGGGUAAGCUAUGAAUAACUUAUGUGUACAAUGGAAAGCAUUUUCUCCGUGUUCAAUCUGGACCUGGCCUUAGCGGGCUAGCUAUAGGUAGAACCAUCCCCUUCCCUCCCCUCCCCUCCUCUCCUCCGGGGACUUUAAAUAAAUAACGUGACGAAAGUUCUUCAAAUAUACAAUCAGGCGUUAUUUUUGCCUGAUAACAGAAAAUCUCAGUAAUCUGCAUGAUCUCUUUAUAGGAUUAGUUCAAAUAGUCUUCAGUUUGUGUGCGAUAACCUCUGCUUUCGAAGAUUUGUCGGGAGGCUCCCUCGGCUCGUGUCUUGACCCGUGUCUUGUAAUUUUAGCCUAGUGCUUGUUGUUGAAACGUUGUUUGUGUCCCCUUUGGAUGCGAGAACGUUAGAGUAUUUUAGUAGGAGAACGGAGCAAAAUUAACGUAGCAAUAUAUUAAAGAAUGUGUAUUAAAUUUUCAUGAUUGAAAUGAUUCAUUGUAGCUAGUGUUGUUUAUAAUAAUUGUUUGGUUUGACUCUUGUAAAAAUAAGGCUGGUUAGAGUCCGAAGUUGACCGGAUACAUUCUCCGAUGAAGGACUGUGAGUUUUGAUCAAGAUGAUUCAGGGCAUUGUUAAAGUGACGAUGAAGUACCUCAAGUUACAUAAUGGUACAUCAGUGAGGUUCAUUUUUCACGUAAAAGCAAACUUCUAAAACUUGGAAAGCGCUUUUCGUUCAGCUAAUAAUAAUCUGGCGUGUUAGCGGAUGCCCUGUCUUUUUUUUCGUUCGACAACAAUCGUUGGCUCUUACAUCAAGUGGCUGCGUGGGAUGGCCAUGAUAGGUAGUAAUGAAUUACAUACCACUGUCAGUUGAGCAUGACGAGGAAUUCAGUAUUUC